UUGAGAGCAUUCAAAGUUUCAACUCUGUCUUGUUAGAUUCCACACAUUAACCUUCUCUGACUCCUUCCUUUACUUUUCCAAUCAACAAACACCGAUCACAAUUAAAUUUCCCCCAAAACGAUGUCGUUGCAGCACCACCUCUAGGGUUUGCGAUUCUCGAUCAUCAUCAUCAUCAUCAUCAUCUGCAGGUAGCAGAAUCCGAAUCCGAAUUCAAAGAAGAAGACGAUGUAUAGCAAUUUCAAGGAGCAAGCGAUCGAGUACGUGAAGCAAGCGGUACACGAAGACAAUGCUGGGAACUACGCAAAAGCCUUCCCUCUCUACAUGAACGCCUUAGAGUACUUCAAAACGCAUCUCAAAUACGAGAAGAACCCUAAGAUCAAAGAAGCCAUCACGCAGCGUUUCACCGAGUAUCUCCGCCGCGCCGAGGAGAUCCGUGCUGUGCUUGAUGAUGGUGGCCCCGGCCCGGCUUCCAACGGGGACGCCGCUGUUGCUGCGCGGCCCAAGACGAAGCCUAAGGACGGCGGUGAAGGCGACGGCGGGGAGGAUCCUGAGCAGGCUAAGCUUCGUGCUGGGCUGAAUUCUGCUAUCAUCAGGGAGAAGCCGAAUAUCAAGUGGAAUGAUGUUGCGGGGUUGGAGAGCGCUAAACAGUCCUUGCAGGAGGCGGUUAUCUUGCCUGUCAAGUUCCCUCAGUUCUUCACUGGUAAAAGACGACCUUGGAGAGCUUUUUUGUUGUACGGACCACCUGGAACAGGUAAAUCAUACUUGGCCAAGGCCGUUGCAACAGAAGCUGAUUCUACAUUUUUCAGUGUUUCUUCAUCAGACCUGGUUUCAAAGUGGAUGGGUGAAAGUGAAAAGCUGGUUUCAAAUCUUUUUCAAAUGGCCCGCGAAAGUGCACCUUCUAUCAUAUUUGUUGAUGAAAUUGAUUCUCUCUGUGGUCAGCGUGGAGAGGGCAAUGAGAGUGAAGCUUCAAGACGAAUUAAAACUGAACUUCUAGUGCAGAUGCAGGGUGUAGGAAACAAUGAUCAGAAAGUUCUUGUUCUUGCAGCAACAAAUACACCUUAUGCUCUCGAUCAGGCAAUAAGGCGGCGCUUUGAUAAGCGUAUAUACAUUCCACUGCCAGAUGUGAAGGCUCGCCAACACAUGUUCAAGGUGCAUUUAGGAGAUACUCCCCAUAACUUGGCUGAAAGUGAUUUUGAACACUUGGCUCGCAAGACAGAGGGAUUUUCUGGUUCAGAUAUAUCUGUCUGUGUGAAAGAUGUUUUAUUUGAACCUGUUCGCAAAACCCAAGAUGCCAUGUUUUUCUUUAAGAGUCCUGAGGGUAUGUGGAUUCCAUGCGGACCAAAGCAACAGGGUGCAAUACAAAUAACAAUGCAAGACCUUGCUACAAAAGGUCUUGCUUCUCAGAUCCUUCCGCCACCUAUAUCAAGAACCGAUUUUGACAAAGUACUUGCCAGACAAAGGCCUACAGUAAGCAAGUCUGACCUUGAAGUCCACGAGAGAUUCACAAAGGAGUUUGGAGAGGAAGGUUAAUUGUGAUGGGAUUUGCAUCGAAGAUCCACUGUUUUAAACAUAAUGUUAUGAUCUGUAACUUACUGAGCUAUUGGAUCAAGUAAAUGCACCUUUUUUAUUUGUUAUUAGGGAUGUGAAUUCCCCUCCUGUACGAAAGUGAAUUUAUAGAAGUGGAUACACUUAUUUGCUUCUCCUAAAUUGUGUAUAAAAAAAUCUGAAUUCAUCAGAAAAAUAAAUUGUAUGUGAUACUGGUUUCUUA